GGAUGACGGAGGGAGGUUGUGAGGAAGCGAAAGAUUCAGAAGUUGGGGGAGAUACUGGGGAAUUGGGAGGGAUGGUGGUGGAAUAUAUUAUUGUGGUGCUGAAUCUUCUGCGGUUGGAAUGGUUCGGGUGAUGAUCAUCCAACUUCUGGCGCUGGCUGCUGCUACAGUUCCGACGUGGGGCGCCCAUGCCGCCUCCUCCCCCGUCAGUCAGCACCAGCACAUCAUCUGGCGCAACCGCUGCGGAUUUCGGAGUUGGCCUAGUUCGUCUCAAUGGACCAUGGUCGUUAUCGGAGCAUGUGAGAUUAAUAUGAGAUUUAUUAUGAGUGGCUGGUUUGCGAAUGGCUUCAUGAAUUGAAUGCGGACCGAGUCUUGAUGCAGAGGACAAUAGGAACGUCCGUAGUAUUGUGAGCACGUCUAUUGAGACCCUCCUAUGGAACAGGUAUUAUUGUUGCAAUGAUUCCUUUACAAUUCACUCCGAGUCCAGUGGUUUCCAUUUCUAUUUCCAUGUCCUUUAGCCUACUUCAUAUUCGACAUAUCUCUAUACCAUCAAAGUUCACUCAUUGGCAUGUCUAGGCUACAUAUUCCGUCCAGCGGAUAGACAGCUGAAUCCAUCACCUCCACCAUCGCUAAAGACUCCCUCCGAAUUCUCGACCGUCCCAUCGCCAAACCAUCCUCCACAGUCCCCAACCCCCACCAUCCAUCACCAUGAUCG